CAACACAAUCGAACAGAAGAAGACAAAGCCAUCGAAACUUCACCUUCUCUUACUGCAAAUCCUCGGAACAGCGACACACUUUUGUCCCCAAUUUUUCUCUCUCCAAAUUUACCUCCUUAAUUUCCCAAAAUUUGGGGAUUUCUUAUUUGGUCGUUUUUAACCCCAAUUUAUAUUCAAUCUUUAUUUUUUUCCUUCUAAUUUUGAGGUUUACCAGCUGGGUACUGUAAUUUAAACUGGGAUUGGCUGUAAUUGGAGUUUUACUGCAGUUAAAGCUGACCCAGUUCUUCAAGAUUCACUAGUCUUUGUUUAAUUUCCACGAAUGGUUUGAGGAAUUUUUGACGUAGUAGUGCAGUCGAGCCAUGGGUAGCAGUGAGAUGGAUAAAUCCUCAAAGGAGGCAAAGGAAGCAAAAGAGCCGAAGACUCCCAAUUCACAGGAGCAGGCUUCUACUACUACCGCCGGCUCAGUCAAUCCAGAUUGGUCUGGCUUUCAGGCAUAUUCUCCUAUGCCUCCACAUGGGUUUAUGGCAUCAAGUCCUCAAGCACACCCUUAUAUGUGGGGAGUUCAGCAAUUUAUGCCACCCUAUGGAACUCCACCACAUCCAUACGUUGCAAUGUAUCCCCAUGGCGGCAUAUAUGCUCAUCCAUCAAUGCCUCCGGGAUCUUACCCUUUCAGCCCUUUUGCGAUGGCUUCCCCAAAUGGUGUCACUGAAGCUGCAGUUAGCAACCCUGGUAAUGCUGAAGUAGAUGGUAAGUCAUCCGAGGGAAAGGAAAAAUUGCCCAUUAAGAGAUCUAAGGGAAGCUUGGGUAGUUUGAAUAUGAUCACCGGGAAGAACAAUGGACCUGGUAAGACAUCUGGAGCAUCUGCCAAUGGAGUCUAUUCUAAAAGUGCCGAGAGUGGAAGUGAAGGGUCAAGUGAAGGAAGUGACGCAAAUUCUCAGAAUGAGUCACCAAUGAAUUCAGGAGGCGGGCAAGAUUCAGCUGACACAUCUCAAAAUGGAAAUGCUGCACAUGGUUCCCAGAAUGGAGGGACUGGCGGCGCUCCUCAUUCAAUGAUUAACCAAACUAUGGCAAUCGCCCCGAUAUCAGCUGCUGCGGCGGGAGGUAUUCCUGGACCCACAACCAACUUGAAUAUUGGUAUGGAUUACUGGGGUGCUGCCACCGCAUCAUCUAUUCCUGCAAUACACGGAAAUGUACCUUCUGCUUCAGUUGCUGGAGGGUUGGUUGCUGCUGGAUCACGAGAUAGCGCUCAAUCACAUAUUUGGAUUCAGGACGAAAGGGAGCUUAAGCGGCAGAGAAGAAAACAGUCCAACAGGGAAUCUGCUCGUCGAUCUAGGUUACGAAAGCAGGCAGAGUGUGAUGAACUUGCGCAGCGUGCUGAAGUUCUAAGGGAAGAAAAUUCCUCUCUUAGAGCUGAAGUGAGUCGUAUCAGGAGUGAGUAUGAGCAACUUCUUGCUCAGAAUGCAUCUCUUAAGGAGAGACUUGGGGAAGUUCCAGGGGAAGAUGAUCCAAGAACUAGUCGAGAUGACCAACUUCUGGGCAAAAAAGCCCAGCAUUCUUCACAAAAGGAGUCCGAGCAGGGUAGCUAAUGACGUUCUGGCUGCAGUAAUGUGGAUUAAUGAUUAGGAGCUUAACCUAACAAACUUUGUAAUAGCAAGGGUUUGAUCUGCAUUGAGUAGUAGUUUAUAACUCGCGAAAGGUCACCAUGCUAGUGUUAUCAGGAUCUGUAUGUCCAACACUGUCCAUCGUUUCUCUGUUGAACCAAUCUUUUAUGGUCGAGAAACCUGGAUAAUAUGUAGAGAAUGUGAUCGUCGCAGUGGUUCUGUUCCAGCAGUGUGCAGGGAAAUGUCUAUUUUUUCCUCAAAUUUGUAUCUACUAAUAUGGUUGACCAGUACUGAUCCAAAUGCUGAUCCAUGGGGUUUUUGUUUUGGUUACUAAAAGUGCUUCUUUGCUCGCUGGCAGUGCCUCUGACUCGGGUUUUGGCAGUAGGAUUCACUGAGGUGACGAAAGCUGAAUCCAAGGUUCUUUGCCGCGCUCCAUAGAUUCUUGUGGAUUAUGGGUGUAUUUUUUAUUCAGCCUCUUGUUAGGUCAAAAAAUAUUUGUAGUAAUAACUACUGAUACAAUUUCUGUGUAUUUCAACCCUUUUAGUAUUUUCAGUUCCCCCUUCCCUAGGAAUCUCUCUUCUGCAUGUCCUUGUUUGAGGAUUGUUUAAUUGAAUUAUGAAACAUUUUUCCCGAGCUGGGAACUAAUGAGGGGCAGCCAUAGCUUGAAUC